AUGGGGAAGAAGAUGAAGGCAAACCUUCAAUUCCGAGAGGCUGUUAUCGGAUUCGUAUACCGGACCGAAAAGUUUGUUAAGAACUACGACGCUGACACCGACGUCCACCAACUGCAAGAACGGAUAGCAAAACUGGAUGAGAAGUGGAGCGAAUUUGAAAGCGUCCAAGGUGACAUUGAGGAAUUGGAGGAGGAUGAAAAUAACAUGGCGGCCCAUGAGCAGUUUCGAGCGGAUUUCGAGGAGCUGUUUUUUAAGGUAAAGGCAGGGUUGAGGUCCAAGCUACCAUUCUCUCCACCCUCUCUCACCGCUACUUCUUCCAUUAGAGAUAGGAAUGUGGGUGCAUGUACUGGCAUUCGCUUGCCCAAGAUCAGCUUGCCAGAGUUCAGUGGGGAAUACGAUAAAUGGCUGCCAUUCUUUGAUACUUUCCGAUCAUUGAUUCAUGAAAACACGGAUUUAAAUCAGAUCCAAAAAUUUCAUCAUUUGCGAGCGUCUCUAAGGGGUGAAGCACUUAAGGUGGUUGAUUCUUUCCAAAUGAGCGAAGCUAGUUAUGGGGUCGCCUGGUUCGCCUUGGUGAAACGUUAUUCGAAUAAAUACCUUCAGAAGAAACGCCAUGUAAACGCGAUGUUGCAAUACCCGAAAGUGAAGAAGAGGUCGGCAAAUGGAAUACACGAGUUAAUUGAAUGCUUCGAUCGACAUACGAAAAUUCUCGAUCAACUGGGAGAAAUUACUACGGACUGGGGAGCGAUGUUGAUGCAGCUGUUGGUGUCGAAACUUGACGAUGAGUCGCUGAAGGACUGGGAGGAGCGUGCGGUCAAGAAAGACGAUCCUGUUUUCGCAGAUGUUAUGGAGUUUCUUGAAGGACAGACGCGGAUUCUGGAUGCUGUAGCGGUCGAUCGACGUUCGGAGAAUCUGCCAUCACAUUUCUCCACCUUCUCCAGUUUCAAGAAAUCGGGUUCCAAAUUUUAUGUGCAUGCAACCACGGACACUCCCUCGAUGCAGUGUCUUCAAUGCAACGGUCGACAUUACAUCACAAGCUGUCCUGCAUUUGGCCAGAUGUCAUUAGAGAAACGUUUCCAAGUAGUCAACUCUAAGAAGCUGUGCAGUAACUGUUUGAAACAAGGUCAUUUGUAUCGUGACUGCACUGCGCGUUUCCGUUGUCGCACUUGUAGCAAGAAACACCAUUCUCUUCUCCACCCUGGAAUAGACGCGGCGGUUUUCACUCCAACUGUUAAUCCAACUACGCAGGUACCGUCUUCGAAUCGGCAACAAACAAGCCCUUUCACAUAUGUGGUUUCAACAGACGAUUCUUUUCAAACGGUGCAGAGUUCAGUGGCCUCAAUUUUCGCUUCCAACGUCGCGACAGAACAUAGAGAGUAUCAUGUCUUCCUUUCCACGGUACUGGUGUCGGUAAAGGACUGCAACGGGCGGUCACAUCUGGCAAGGGCGCUUUUGGACAGUGGGUCACAGGCAAAUCUUAUCUCGGAUCGUCUGUGUCAGAUUCUCAAGUUACCUCGGAAAGGAGUUAGUGUGCCGAUUUCUGGUAUUGGUAGUUCUACUUUUCGAGUUUCACAUUCCGUGUCGACGACGAUUUCAUCUCGAAUAAGCGAUUACUCAGUACCGAUGGAAUUCUUUGUAAUGAAGAAAGUGACUGAGGACCAACCAUCAGCGACUAUCCCCAUUGGAGACUGGAAUCUUCCAACCGACUUCGAGUUAGCUGAUCCAGGGUUCAACAAACGUGGUGCGAUUGACCUUCUUCUCGGAUUGGAAUAUUUUUACGAGUUCCUACAGCUCAAUGGUGGCCGGGUUCAGAUCCAGCGUAUAGGCAACGGUCUUCUGCUAUUCGUCAACACGGUAUUCGGGUGGGUUGCGGCAGGAAAGGUUAACUUAGGUCGAAUGAAUCCAGUUCCCGUUUGUCAUGUGGCAGUUGACAACUCAUUGGAGCAGAAGAUCGAGCGAUUCUGGACUAUUGAGGAGAUUCAGGACGUUCCACGGCUAACACAAGAAGAAAUCGAUUGCGAAAAUCAUUAUAUAGUCACGUUUUCGCGUGACACCGAAGGACGAUAUGUGGUUCGGCUCCCAAAACGAUUGGGUUUCGAAAAGAUGAUCGGAGACUCAAGAGAAAUGGCGGUACGGCGAUUGAUUCAGCUGGAGAGGCGUUUUAAGCGGGAUGAAGAUUUGCAUAAGCGGUACAGUGACUCCAUACGAGACUACUUGAUCAACGGGCACAUGGUAUUGGUCGAAGAUGUGGAGGAACGGUCUGAGCAUCGGCUCGUGUGUUACUUGCCACAUCAUCCGGUCGUCAAGGAGACCAGCAUGACAACAAAGAUUCGACCAGUGUUCGAUGGAUCAGCCAAGUCAACCAGUAAUUAUUCCCUUAACAAUGCACUAAUGACGGGACCGGUUAUUCAGGAUCAACUUAUUGAUCUGAUCUUACGUUUCCGCAAGCACAAGGUAGCGUUAGUCGCAGACAUCGAAAAGAUGUACCUACAGGUGAAGGUGCAUUCGGAUGACUGUCCACUCCAACGCAUUCUCUGGCGGUACUCUCCAUCCGAUCCGAUAAAGACUUACGAGUUACAACGGGUAACAUUUGGUUUGGCGCCCUCUUCUUUCCUCGCUACUCGAUCACUCCAGCAGUUGGCGGAAGAUGAAGGCGAUGCGUUUCCACGAGCGAAAGCGGCGCUCGUCGACGAUUUCUAUAUAGACGAUUACAUCGGAGGCGCUGAUUCUAUGGAAGAAGCGGUAUUACUGAGACAGGAACUUGAGCAGUUGUUACCAAAAGGUGGUUUUCGAUUGCGCAAAUGGAAUUCCAGUACGGAAGGCGUGCUGGAAGGCGUAUCUGCAGAAGAUUUAGGAACGCAAACUACAUUGGUGCUCGACAAGGAAGAGCAAGUGAAGGCGCUAGGGGUCAUUUGGAAACCGGGGCCGGAUGUACUUGGUAUCGACGUCUCCACAUCUAGCAUAAUCGGCUGCUGGACUAGGCGACAGGUGUAUUCGGUCAUUGCACGACUUUUCGACCCACUCGGACUCAUUGGUCCAGUCAUAACAUGGGCCAAGGUUCGGAUGCAGCAGCUCUGGGUGGCUACCCAAGAUUGGGACGAGCCACUUUCACAGGAAUUAACGGAACGGUGGGCUCAAUUCUACGAACAACUUCCUCUCCUCUCUAAUGUGAAGGUGAAUCGUUUCGCCUUCUGCUCGCAGCCAUACCUGGUGCAGUUUCACAUCUUCUCAGAUGCAUCGGAGGCGGCGUAUGGGGCGUGUAUUUAUGCUCGAACGAUUAGUCAAACGGGACUGAUCAAGGUGGAGUUAUUGUCAUCAAAAUCAUGA